GUUCGCAUACGUAACGAGCACACUGUGGACGCGGAUGUCAUAAGGACAUGCGUCCGCCUCGCGUUUACACAUCAAAGCUCCGACAAACUGUUUCCUGAGGGGGUCAAAGUUGGGGAAAAGUGCCGUGCGAGCGCGGACCACCAUGGAAAAAGUCAGGAAAGAUGCCAAAACCAACCCGGCAGAGACGGCGAAUCUGGUGUCAAAGAUAUUUUUCUGGUGGCUCAAUCCCCUGUUCAGCACGGGAUACAAAAGGAGCCUGGAGGAAGAUGACAUGUUCGAAGUGCUCGCAGAGGACAAGUCGGAAAGACUGGGACAUGAGCUACAGAGUUACUGGGACCAAAGCGUCCAGAAGGCAAACAAAAACAUGCAGGCUCCAAGUCUCAGUAAAGCAAUCAUUCAAUGCUACUGGAAAUCUUAUGCAGUGUUGGGAUUCUUCACCCUUGUCGAGGAGGUCAUUAAAGUGAUCCAGCCGGUCCUCCUUGGGGAGAUGAUUGUAUAUUUUGAGAACUACGACUCAGAUGACAUGACCGCUUUAUAUGAAACCCUGGGCUAUGCGGCCGGUUUAUCGAUCUGCAGCAUCGGGCUGACACUGCUCCAUCACCUUUACUUCUACCACGUCCAGAGAGCAGGCAUGAAGAUCCGAGUGGCGAUGUGUCACAUGAUCUACAAGAAGGCCUUGUGUCUGAGCAGUGCAGCCAUGGGGAAGACCACCACAGGCCAGAUCGUCAACCUCCUCUCCAAUGAUGUCAGCAAGUUUGAUGAAGUGACAAUCUUUCUGCACUUCCUGUGGGUCGGACCCCUUCAGGCAGCAGUGGUGGUGGGGUUGCUCUGGAACGAGAUCGGACCAUCCUGCCUGGCGGGCAUGGUUGUGCUCAUGUUCCUGAUGCCCAUGCAAUCCAUGUUUGGAAGGCUCUUUUCCAAGUUUAGGAGUAAGACGGCUGUUCUGACAGACAGCAGAAUCCGCACAAUGAACGAAGUGGUGUCAGGGAUAAGAAUCAUCAAGAUGUACGCCUGGGAGAAACCAUUUGCUGCUCUGGUCUCUGACGUUAGAAGGAAGGAGAUCUCCAAGAUCAUGAAAAGCUCCUACCUGCGUGGCCUUAACAUGGCCUCCUUUUUCUGUGCCAGCAAAAUCAUCGUCUUCAUUACUUUCACCCUCUAUGUUCUCCUGGGGAAUAAAAUGUCAGCCAGCCGAGUGUUUGUAACGGUGUCACUGUACACCGCUGUGCGACUCACCGUCACCCUCUUCUUCCCAUGUGCCAUUGAGAAGUUGUUCGAGGCUCGUGUCAGCAUUCGCAGGAUCCAGGAGUUCUUACUGCUGGAUGAGAUUCCCAAAAGCCACAUUGUGCAGCCUAAGGAGGAUGAGAAGAAGGAGGUCUCUGUGGAGAUCAAGGACCUGAUGUGCUAUUGGGACAAGAGUCUAGAUGCUCCGUCGCUGCAGAACGUUUCUUUCACUCUGAACUCUCAGCAGCUGUUGGCUGUAAUUGGACCUGUGGGUGCAGGAAAGUCGUCUCUGCUGAGUUCAAUCCUCGGAGAGCUGCCCAGUGAAAAGGGGGUGCUGAAGGUCAAAGGUCAGCUCACAUAUGCGUCACAGCAGCCCUGGGUUUUCCCUGGAACCAUCCGUAGUAACAUUCUGUUUGGGAAAGAGCUGAUCCCCCAGAAGUAUGAACGAGUGCUCAGAGCCUGUGCUCUAAAGAGGGACCUGGAGCUGCUGCCGGAUGGAGAUAUGACUCUAAUUGGAGACAGAGGCGCUACCUUGAGUGGGGGACAGAAGGCUCGUGUCAACCUGGCGAGAGCUGUGUAUCAGGAUGCUGACAUCUACCUCCUUGAUGACCCUUUAAGUGCUGUGGACGCUGAGGUCGGGAGGCAUCUGUUUGAAAAGUGUAUUUGUGGCUUCCUAAGGAACAAACCUCGUAUCCUGGUCACACACCAGCUACAGUAUCUUAAGGCAGCUGACCAGAUCAUUGUACUGAAGGAGGGCCACAUGGUCGGAAAGGGGACGUACACAGAGCUGCAGCGCUCUGGAGUGGACUUCACCUCACUACUGAAGAAGGACGAGGAGGAGGAGCAGCAGCCGCCGCCUCAGGACCUCCCCAUCCGCAACAGAACUCUGUCGCAGAACUCAGUGCUUUCCCACACCUCCUCCAUGCACUCGGUCAAAGAUGGAGACCAGUUACCGGCAGAGCCAGUGCAAACAGUCAUGGAGGAGAGUCGCGCUCAGGGAACCAUCGGAAUGGGUCUAUAUGCCAAAUACCUGAGAGCCGGGGCCAGUAUCCUGGUCCUGGUGCUUGUCUUAGUGACCAACCUUCUUGCUCAGGGAGCAUACAUAAUGCAGGACUGGUGGCUGGCUUACUGGGCUGAGGAGCAGGACAAACUGAAUGUAAACGGCACCAUCAUUGAAAAUGGACUAAAUGUCACUAAAGAGCUUGAUUUAGAUUUCUUCUUGGGUAUUUAUGCAGGUUUGACUGCAGCCACUAUCAUUUUCGGCUUCAUGCGGAAUUUGUUCCUGUUCAAUGUGCUGGUGAGAUGUGCACAAGCCCUGCACAACCGCAUGUUCAACUCCAUCCUCAGAACACCAGUGCGCUUCUUUGACAUUAACCCAAUUGGACGAAUUUUAAACAGGUUUUCUAAGGACAUCGGCAUGCUGGACUCCAACAUGCCGUGGACCUUUGUGGACUUUAUUCAGGUCUUCUUGCAGAUUCUUGGUGUGAUCUGUGUGGCAGCGUCUGUGAUUCCUCUGAUCCUCGUCCCUGUGAUCCCCCUCCUCGGCGUCUUCCUCUGGCUGCGUCGUUACUUCCUGCGGACGUCCAGAGAUAUCAAACGCCUCGAGUCCACAACUCGGAGUCCGGUCUUCUCCCAUCUGUCCUCGUCUCUUCAGGGGCUGUGGACGAUUCGCGCUUUCGGUGCAGAGGAAAGGUUCCAGAAAACCUUUGACGCUCAUCAGGAUCUGCACUCGGGGGCCUGGUUCCUGUUUCUGACUACUUCACGCUGGUUUGCUGUGCGCCUCGACGGCAUCUGUUCCAUAUUUGUCACAGUCACUACCUUUGGAUGCCUGCUGCUCAGACACCAGCUGGACGCCGGCUCCGUGGGUUUGGCUCUAUCUUAUGCCGUCACACUGAUGGGCAUGUUUCAGUGGGGUGUGAGGCAGAGUGCAGAAGUGGAGAACAUGAUGACUUCAGUGGAGAGAGUAGUGGAGUACACUGAACUGGAGAAUGAAGCACCCUGGGAAACCCAGAAGCGUCCCCCUCCUGAUUGGCCCAGCAACGGCCUGGUAAAGUUUGAUGGGGUCAGUUUCUCCUACUCCCCCGAGGGGCCUGUAGUUCUGCACAACAUGAAAGCAAUGUUCCGACCCAAAGAGAAGGUUGGUAUUGUGGGUCGGACCGGGGCUGGAAAGAGCUCCCUGGUCUCAGCUCUGUUCCGCCUGGCAGAGCCGAAGGGAAGGAUCUACAUCGAUGGAAUUUUGACGUCUGAGAUCGGCCUCCAUGACUUGCGGCAGAAGAUGUCCAUCAUUCCUCAGGACCCGGUGCUGUUUACUGGUUCUAUGAGGAAGAACCUGGACCCGUUUAACCAACACACAGAUGAAGAACUGUGGAAUGCUCUGCAAGAGGUCCAGCUGAAAUCUGUGGUGGAGGAGCUGCCCGGGAAACUAGAGACGGUUCUGGCCGAGUCGGGCUCUAACUUCAGCGUGGGUCAGAGGCAGCUGGUGUGUCUGGCCAGAGCCAUCCUGAGGAAGAACCGCAUCCUUAUCAUCGAUGAGGCCACCGCCAACGUAGACCCCAGGACAGAUGAGCUCAUCCAGCGAACCAUACGAGAGAAGUUCAGCGAGUGUACUGUGCUCACCAUCGCUCAUCGUCUCAACACCAUCAUAGACAGUGACAGGAUUCUGGUCCUAGAUGCAGGAAGAAUCCAUGCGUAUGAUGAGCCUUACACCUUACUUCAAGAUGAAGACGGUAUUUUUUACAAAAUGGUGCAGCAGACUGGCAAGCAGGAAGCAGCUGCUCUACUAGAAGCAGCUCAAAAGGCCUAUGAUAGCAGAACCCGUCCAAACCUGUCGAAUGGAUUCUCCGAAUCAGAAGGCAUAUAUUAUGAGACAGCAAUGUAAGCUCAAAGACACUCUGAACGUUUGGCCGUGAGGCUACAUAAAGUGCCCGGGCUCUUUUCGUGGCCCAUCAUCCUCCAGUGAACGAAGUGAGGGCGUCCGCUUCGCACGGUGAGCAGGUUUCUGGAGGACGAGAUGCCGUUGCCUGAACCAAGUGGUCUGAUCUAUGCACACGACGCUGUUUCCUUCAGGCCAAGUGCCUGGAAAUCACUGCUGUAAAAAUACAUACAACACUAUUUAUUUUCUGUUUUGUGUGCCGUCCAGAAAUUAGUUUCAAAUAACCAGAUUGUCCUUAAAAAACCUGAAAGUGCCUUACUUCAAGUCUGCAGCAGUUUGUACAUGUGUUAAUUUAAGUUAUGAUCGUAUAUCAUAGUUAAGGGUGCCUUUGUGAUCGUUUGAAAUGCAGGUACAAGUUACCAAAGAGUUGACCAAAAUUCACACAGUUCAGAAAGAAUUUAAAUCAUUCUCACACACAAGUAUUUCUAGCCAUCAGGAACAGUAUAUUAAUGUAAUUUCUAACUCUACCUUUCUGUAGAGUUGCUAUAGCAGCUAUGACUGAACUGAAUUGUGCUUGAUUUAGUUAAAACACAUGUACACUUUAUUUUACUAUUUAACUGCCAAGGUUUAUUGUUAAUAGCCGUAUAAAUAUCCAUAGAUUGCACUUUGCUGCUAUCAAUGUGUCAACACAGAAAUGAAAAGUCAAAAUUGUCCCUGAAUAAAGUGGGAUUUGUUGAACAACAGAA